UGGUUUCCAGCAGAAUGGACAAAUGUAUGAAAUCUGAACAGACUACGCUGCUGUUAGACAACUACAACGUUUCCAUCUACGACCUGAAUGGAGACCUGAAGGGCCCAGAACUGUGGCCAAACUACUAUGUGCAGGCUCAUGGGAUUGUUUUUGUGCUGGACUCUACUGACUUAGUGUGCAUGAAAGAAGCGAAGAUGACCUUACUACAUCUGCUGUCUGAUCCCAGAGUGACAGGGAAACCCAUCUUAGUCCUGGCAAAUAAACAAGACAAGAAGAAUGCCCUCCUGCCUUGUGAUAUUAUUGAGUACCUACUUCUGGAAAAGCUAAUAAAUAAGUCCCUGUGCCGAGUGGAGCCUUGUUCAGCCAUCAAUGACCUCCAAAAAGAAAAUUAUCAGCCCAUAAUUGAAGGGCUGCGCUGGCUAUUAGCUGUCAUUGGGGAUAGAUAUGAAGAACUAUGUACUCGCCAACACUUCUGUAUAAGGAUGAGAAGGACCAAAGAGAAGGGACUGAAUUUAGGACACCAUUCAAUUGAAGCUAGUCCCCUAAAGCCAAUCCUACAGAAAGAAAGUUUAAGAUUAAAAUCUAAAAAGAAGAAAUCAGUAACAUUUGCUUUGGAUGAGCCAAUGGAGGGAGGUGAAUGUUCUUGCAGAAAUGAAGAUCAGAAAUCUACUGAGCUCCAAUACAAUCAAAGUGAUGACUUGCAGACUCCAGCUCCAUAUAUUGAUGAUGAUCCUUUAGAAG